UUAAACGGAAUUGAUUUUUAACCAAAUUCGCCAUAUUUGUUAAAUUGAAUUGAUAGUUUCGAGAAAGGUUGCAGAUUGAUAUAAUGAGUUCUUGUUAUAAUUGUGGAAAAAGUGGCCAUAUGUCACGGGAAUGCACAAAACCAAAAGUUUCUAAGAGACCUGAAGGUGGUAGUGGUGGUACUGGAAGGAGCGGAAAUUUUAAAGGUUCAUCGGCAGGAGGAGAGAAAUGUUACAAAUGUAAUAAAUCUGGGCACUUCGCCAGAGAAUGUAAAGAAGGCGACAAGUGCUAUAAGUGUAAUAAAGUAGGGCACAUAGCUCGUAAUUGCACUGAAGCUUCGGAUGACUCCCCAAGAGGCGAAAGAAAUAAUUCAUCUUGUUUCAAUUGUGGAAAACCUGGACAUGUGCAACGUGACUGUACUGAAAGCAGCAAUAAUAGUAAGACAUGUUAUAUAUGCAAUCAACCAGGCCAUUUGUCUAGAGAUUGCCAAGAGAAAAACAAUAGAAAUGAGAAAUCAUGUUUUAGUUGCAAGAAACCAGGGCAUUUUAGCAGAGAUUGCCCAAAUUCUUUUGAUGAGGAAAAAUGCAGAAAUUGUGGAAAAUCUGACCAUAUAAGUAGAAAUUGCACAGAGCCUAGAUGGGAACAGGGAGGAAGCCGAAAUAGGCGUAGAAACUUUAAUCAAGAUAAUUUUGAUAGGGACAAUAAUGACAAUGGUUUUGAUAAUAAUCAAGAUUCUUUUGGGGGAAGAAAUGGUAGAUUUCAAAAAAGUAUGGAUGAUCAAAAAUGCUUUAAAUGUGGAGAGGCUGGUCAUUUUGCAAGAGACUGCACCUCAAGUACCCCAAGAUCUAAUGACAGAGAGGAUAACAGAGAAUGUUAUCAAUGUGGUAAUCAUGGACAUAUUGCUAGAGAUUGCCCAGACAAGGGUUCUUCUAAUAAUGGAGGAGGUAGGAGAGAAGAUAAUAGAACUUGUUACACAUGCAAAAAAACUGGCCAUAUAAGCAAGGAUUGUACUGAAUCUAAUGCAAGCAAUGGUAGAUCAUGCUACAAUUGUGGCAAAAGUGGACAUAUCAAUCGAAAUUGCCCUGAAGGGAAUGUAAGAAGUUCAUCAAAUCAGGAUUGCUAUAAAUGUGGUCAAAUUGGACAUAUUGCAAGAGACUGUAAAGAAAAUGAUGAUCAGAUAUGUGACAAGUGCUCGAUACCUGGUCACAGUAGUGAUUCAUGUAAAAAAUGCUUCAAGUGCCAGAAAUUUGGUCAUAUAUCUGUGAACUGUGAGGAAUUGGUGUCAGAAGCUUGAAUUACCAAAUUAUAAUGACCAAUUUACAAGAAGAAUAGAUUGUUUUCAAUUUACAAUUUUUUUGGGUUAGAAUAUCAUUUAUAAUGGAUUAAAUGUUUAUAUCCAAAAUUUGUAAAAAGUUUUGUAUUUUUUGGACAUUUCUUAUUAUAUACAUGAGUUAUUUUGAAGUUUCCUUUAUAUUAUAGUUAUAGCGUACCAAAUUGAUAUCUUUGAUUUACUUUACCCCACUUUAUACUAUAUUCCUAAAUAGAUAAUUUUCUUUGUGUUGCUUAAUUUGUUCACAGAUAAAAAGUUUUAUAAAUAGAAAAUAUGAGAUUUGUGUUUUCUGUAAAUAUAUGUAUUUUGGUGAAUUCACAAAUAAUAUAAGCCCUUUCACCAGGAUCAGUAAACUAUUAGGCGAUAUUCAUUAUCCCCUGUAGGUUUCUCAUACUCAUCGCCCCAAGAGUAAUAUAUAUCAAUGUUUUAAAAUUCUCUUAAAUUGACAUUAGCCAAAAAUUUAACAAUAUCAUUAACUCACCGUUAUUUUACAAAUCAUAAUCAGCUCCAAGCUACUUCUGUUUUUUAUAAGCCCCUUCCAACAUAAUUUUAUACCCACCCAUGAACACUCAUGUAUUUUUUUUUACAAAUUAUUGCAAAUUUAUUAUUUUUUUAUUUCAAAAAUUUAUAUAAGAUUGAUGUCAUAUAUUUUUUGAUAUUCAUAUAUAUAUAUAUAUUAUAAAAACCUAUAUUAUAAUAAAUGAUCUUUAUCAAUA